AUGGACGAACGCCAACUCCCACCCCAGUUCCUGGACCGCUACAGCGGAGCCACCUCACGUCUCCCCACCCUCGAGACCAAAACUCCAAUCACAACUUCGGCAGACCCUGGCCGAGACGCCACAGCGACUUUCCCCCGAUACGACCCACGUGGCUGGUCCCUGCGCACCAAGAUCCUUGCAGGCGGAGCAGCUAUCAUCCUUCUGCUAGUUAUCAUCGUGGUCCCCGUCGAAGUCGUGAAAAACCGAUACCCCAAAUACGCACCUCUGGAUUAUACCCUGACAGACACAUACGAGGGAACCACCUUCUUCGACCACUUCACCUACUUCACCGACCAAGACCCAACAUCCGGGUUCGUAGUCUACGUCAACGAAGACGCCGCCACCAAUCUGAACCUCACGCACGCGACUGAGAAUUCUGCCAUCCUCCGCGUCGAUACGACAACACCCAACGCCAUCGCAGGCCGCAACUCCGUUCGCGUCGAAUCCAUCAAUAAAUACGACAACGGUCUCUUCGUCUUCGAUAUCCUGCAUACCCCCUUUGGGUGCGGCACCUGGCCCGCACUGUGGUUAACAGAUGGCUAUAACUGGCCCACGAAUGGCGAGAUCGACGUGCUCGAAACGACCAAUGAAGGAGCCCACGGGAACGAAGUCUCCCUACACACUUCCAAGGGCUGCACCAUGAAUAACGUCAAACGUAAACAAAUCGGCCAGGCCUCCUUCGAUAACUGCGAUACUAAUGCCGGGGCCAACACAGGCUGUGGUGUUAUCGGUGCGGAUGAUACGUACGGCGAUGCAUUCAACAAGGCUGGUGGUGGUGUCUACGCGCUUGAACUGCGUGAUGAUGGUAUCCGGGCAUGGUUCUUCGGGAGGGAGUCCAUUCCGGCUGAUAUUUCGGAUUCCAAGCCUGAUCCUUCCACGUGGGGAACUGCGUUUGCUGAUUUCCCUGGUACAGAGUGUGAUAUUGCUUCGCAUUUCAGGAACCAGAGUAUUAUUGCUAAUAUUGAUCUUUGCGGAGAGCUGGCUGCUCAGCCAAAGUUCUAUGAUGAGCAAGAUCAUUGUCCGGCUACUUGUGCUGAAUUUGUGAAAAGCAGUCCGCAGAGCUUUGUGGACGCCUAUUGGGAGUUUAAGAGUUUCAAAGUCUACCAUGCUUCUUGA